CUCUUUAACCAAACACUUCCUGGUGCGCGGUGUUAGCAGUAAAUUCAGAGCUGGUUUAUCACUCAGACUUCCCGUUUCAGAGCUGCUCUCGGACCCAAGUUUGUGUAAUCAGUGUGGACAGUGCAGCCAGGGCGGACACAUGCACUGACAUUAUUUAUUAACGUCAGAGGAAAGUGAAAUGUCUAACUAGGUGUAUAGUUAACCAUUCUCAGAGAGAAACCGAGAGAGAGACAGAAGCGCUAGCUUAGCCUAGCUACCGUUAGCCAAACAGCCGGCUGUGUCUCAAAUCUAUAACCGUUUAACACUUUAUUUAAAAAAAGAAGCCAUGAUUUAAUUUGGAAUCCUGAAACAUGGGAGUGUGGCGCCAGGAUCCAUAAGGUGCGACGUUUCGGCUGCUUGAUCAUCGUGGAGACGCCAUGGAGACGCCAGACGUGAUCCACAUGUACUCGUCCUCACCUCCGCCCUUGGGGGACGGUGCCGACGAGGACGACGACGAGUUCAGCGACUUUGCUGGCGUCCCCAGCAGCGUCAGCUUCACAGAAUUCGAGACGCCCAUCACGUUCAAUCAGCUGCAGGCGCUGAACGCAACAUCGCCGCCGGAGUUAAUCGGUAACGGGCGCGUUGUCGGACUUAACGGACCGGCAAUUUCGAACGGCAGCCAGGGGAACGCUCCGGCUUGUCGGACCGUCAGUGUGGAGGAGCUGAAAAAGGUUACGGAGCGUCCGCGCGGGGCUCACACGAACUUUUCAGACUUUCCGGGAAAUGCCAGGACUGGUAACGACGCCGUGGACUGCAACGGAGGCGGCAACGAAGUUCUCACGAAUGGCUUUGCGGAUUCUGGCACAGAGGGAACUCCCCCCUCACGUCAUAUACACAGGGAAACGGGCCCCUCGGUGGGUCUCCGUCCCGAUGCGAUCCCCAGUGAUGGUGAGGAGGAUUUUGCGGAUUUUGCUGCUUUUUCCAGUGCUGAUAUUCCCGGUCACACGGACAGCGGUGUGAACUGGGAAAAUUCAAACCAUGAUGCGAGACUAGCACAAGAUAACCAACCACAAAGUGAGGAAAAUCAUGGAGCUAGCGUAGUGGACAAUGACAAGGACGACUGCGUAACAGGGUUCGCCUCGUUUGCAGAGGCUUCAGAUCACCUUAGCAACGGAGACGGGGGUUUCCAUGCUGGGGCGAGUUAUGGACAGAGGGAUCAGGACACUAACCAUGCACAUCAGGACUCAAAUACUACGGAGUCUGUUAGCACAGAGAAACAAAUAUCACAGAACAGUGUGGCGCUGUAUGGUUUGGACGUUAAAGUGGAUAACAGGGUGUCCCCCGUCUCCAUGGAUGAGCGAGGUAGCGGCAGCGAGCUCACGGAAGACAAGGCGUCCGGGAAUGACACGGAAACGGAGACCGAAACGGAGACCUCUUUCGGUCGCCCACUGUCCACGGAAGCGCUCGAGGAAUUCGGGGAUUUCAGUACGACCGGUUCGGUACCUUCCCCUCAGCUACAGGAAGAGACGGCCACUCCUGCUGACCAUAGCCAGCUAGCCGAGGAUGACGAGGACUUUGGGGAUUUCGGUGACUUCGGGGAUCCCACCUCGUUUGGAGGCGCCGGCUUCGCUGAUUUUGAGCAGCAGGGGGCAGCGCAGCAGUCUGCGCCUUCGGAAUCGGCCGCGCCUUCAGACUCCGACGGGCGGAACGAUCCGGAAACAACGUGCGCCGACGAGGACGAGUUUGGUGACUUCGAUGCGCACGGACAACCCGGCGAGACCGCGCAAGAAAACGAGGCGGGGGCGGAGAUUGCAGAGUUUCCGGGUAGCGACAGUUUCGCAGACUUUACUUCAGCGCCUGGUGAUGGCGUUGCUGACGAUAACGGGGGAUGGCAGGCGUUCGGCGAGUCGAACGAGGAAGCUGGGGAAUCGUGGGCAGCAUUCGGUCAGGACCACUCGACCUUUUCAGAGAAGAGCGAAGAAGACUGGCAUGAAAGUCCGUCGGUUACCGUGCCCCCUACUGGCAGUGAUGAGGAGUGCAGGAAAGACAGCUUUAUGGUGUCUCUCGUCAGCCGUUUGGAGAAGCUGUUCCUGGCCAGUUUUCUUGAGAUCUCCUUGCCUCGCAUCGAGGAGGAUGUACCCCAUCUUAAAGCCUUCCUAGAGCCACGUGAAGGAUCGGAAAAAGGAGAGAGCGCGCCAGCACCUGUCAGUGGAGGAGUGCAGGGUGUGUGGCUGCAGCUGCAGGACAUCCACAAUGCGUUUGGUCUGAGGUAUCAGUGGGGCGGAUCACACAGUAACAAAGCUCUGCUCUGCUCACUGGGCAUCGACACGCGGAACAUACUGUUCACAGGUCAGAAGAAGCAGCCCGUUAUCGUGCCCAUGUAUGCAUCCAGUCUGGGAAUGCUGGAGCCCACUAAAGAGCCAGUGAAGCCCGUCUCCGCUGCUGAGAUGAUCGCCUCCAUAGCGCAGACUCCCUCUGUUGCCACGGAGAUGAGCACCUGCCCCGCCGACGCAGCUCAGGAGUCCCUCCCGCCGGUGCAGUUUGACUGGAGCAGCAGUGGCCUUACAAACCCUUUGGAUGCGAGUGGAGGUUCAUCUCUGCUGAAUCUGGACUUUUUCGGGCCGGUGGAUGACUCACCCUCCAGCUCCACCACCUCCAUACCAGGCGUGGACCCGGAGCUGUACGAGCUGACCCAGGCUAAGCUGGACGUGAGCGGAGGCAGCAGCAGAGUGGUGGAUGCGUUCGCUCGCCUCAUGUCCACUGUGGAGAAGACCAACACGUCCACAAGGCGGUUACAGACGCAGAAGGAGGAGAAUCUAAGUGACGAGGCUCGGCGUGUCAUCUCCACACUGCCUGAUCUCUCCUUCAUGCAGGCCAAAGUGUUGAUGUUCCCCUCCACACUCACUCCUCUUCCUCCCUCUUCCUGUUCCUCCACAUCCCCCUCUCCCGUCCCAGACUGAUCCCUCAAUCUCUGUCUCUCUCUCUCUGUCUCUCCACUUUACGCCUCUCUAUCCUCACACUGUCUUUUGUUUUUGGGUCACUUUAGCUCAGCUUGUCAGAGUCCCUUUAGGUUUUGUCGUGUGAGAGUGAGCGGAGUGGAGCAGAGUGUUCAGUGUCUAGAGGUGAGGAAGUGUCUUCGUUAGGGAUGCACCCAUCCCGUUAAUUCACCACGAGUUAAAUCAGCACUACAGUUCACCCAGAGUGUGUGUUAACUUUUAAUCCCAGCGUCACACACAAUCAAGCUCCACCUACAACAAAACCGGCCACGCCGUAUUGCCAUGCCGUAACGCCCCAAACUGCAAUCCAUCAUUCACAGGAAUCAUUAUUCUUAUUUUACAUCUCGCUUUGAAGUUACACAUCAAUUUGUAGGCACAAUUUGUGUAGCAUUUUUACCACAGUCCCGCCCCCGCAGUGCUCCAGAGCCAUCCCCCUGACCCCACCCACUUACCUCUUCCACUAGGUCUAGCUCCCUUAGCUUUCUGGGACCAUCUUUCUGACUCGACCCCUUCAGCAUUCUGGACUCUUACACCUGACCCAGCCCCCUCAGCUACCUGGAGCAAUCCUCCUGGCCCCGUCCUGUUAACUUUCUGGAGCAAACCUCUUGGCCCCACCCUCUUAACUGUCUGGAGCAGAGCACAUGGUACAGCGCCUUCAGCUCCGAAACCCUCCACUUGGCCCCUUCUUCUAACAUCUUUGAAGCCCUCCACAUGGCCCCGCCUCCUAAGAUCUUUGAAGCCCUCCACAUGGCCCCGCCUCCUAAGCUCUUUGAAGCCCUCCACUUGGCCCCGCCUUCUAAGAGCUUUGAAGCCCUCCACUUGGCCCCGCCCCCUAAGCUCUUUGAAGCCCCACCCUGCACUUCUUUAAUUUCAUCUCUCAAAAGCAUCAUUCUAGUGCUUCACUGUCGUUUGUUACAGCCGGAGUUGUAAUCGUGUCACCGGGGGGUUUCGUAUGAAAGUUUUGAUUUGUAUUCUCAACAUUUUAAAGACCUCUUAAUCACGUUUCUGUUUGGCAUUGAAGAAUGAUUUGCAGAAGUUUAUAAAGCUCGGUCAGCUCUGAUGUCGGAUCGGUGCAUCCCUAAUUACUCUAGCCGAGUUUUGUUCUUAAUAGAGGUUCAGUGUGUAUAUAAUCAGGGAUAAGACUUCUUUUCCAUUCUAGGUUCUGUUUAUGGUUCAGUAUGAUUCCAGCUGUGUGUGUGUGUGUGUGUGUGUGUGUGUGAGAUAUCGCUUUGCUGAGGAAACACUGGCUAAAAGUCCUUCAACGAAGGCAAAUAGUGAUGUGAAAUCAGUCAUAUAAAUAGACUUGAAACCAUACUGCCUGCAAAAUUCUGCUGGUUGAUUUAUUAUUAUUAUUAUUAUUAUUAUUAUUUUUUAAUUCUCUGUUUAAAAGGCCUUAGGUUUUAAUCAUUUCAGUUAAUCUAAUUAUGCGGAUAAUUGAUGUUUAGUUUGGAUGUUGCGUAUGUUAAAGUUUUGUUUAUCGGGGGUUUAACAUGUUAUUCACUGUAAACCGCUUUAUUCUGAUAGCAGACGAUUAGACGGAGCGUGGCGACGUAGCUGCGUUCUGUUUCCCGCCGCAGUUUUUAUUAUUGCUGUUGUUUUUAAACUCUUAAAGGUGAAACCACUGUAACGUGACCCGUGAGAUGAAGGAAUCAUCGCGAUCGACUUGAAGUACUUUAGCCAACAAGGGACCAAUAAUAUACAUUUACCUUCUAAAGUCUUUGAUUUUCGCGUCUUGAACGCGCUCCUCUGGCCGUGCAUCAUGGGAAAUGUUGUCCGAAAUUAGUCCUUUUAGCUGUUUUUUUCCCCCUGUCUUUCUGUUAUAGUUUAUUUCUUGUUUCAGUUCUUUCCCCCGCUGUGUGUUGUCCUGUCUGUCUGUCUGUCUCUCUGUCUGUCUGUCUCUCUGUGAGGAAUUUUGCACAUUGUAAAGCUGUAAUGGAAGUACUGCUAUACCACUUAAAUCACGUAGGUGACUGUGUACAGUAAGACUGUGGAAAGUGUACAAAAACGAGAAUGUUGCGGGGAAAUUCCUAUGGAAAAACAAUCUUACUGAUGUGUGUGUUGGGGGGGGAAGAGCCCCGCCCCCCCUCCAGGUUGGAACGAGCAUGCUCGGGCUCUUUUGGACAAAAAAAAAAUCUUUAAGUGUGUAAAUUUUCUUUUAGUGUACACAAGGAAUUAAAAUAAUUUAAGAGA